AUGAUUAUAAUUAGAGCCUUCAGAAAUACUUUUUGCAGAGCCUCUAUUUCAACAUCCACAACAACAUCAUUUCCUCAAGUCUACAGGCACAAAUCCCAACUCCUGGAAGUGUCAGAAUCAUGCAAAAUUAUCAACCAAUUGCCACAUGAACUCAUCGAACAGAGCUGCAAUAUCAUCACCAACCAUUUCUUUCCACUUCAUGAAAACUACAAGCGAAUCAUACCCAAAAUCGAGGAAGUCCUCAAGAACCCUUCAUUAACCAAAGGCACUCUUUUUUAAGGUCAAGAUUCCCAGUCGAUUGCUGAACAGAUUUACGAGAUGGUCAUCUUGAUCGUUGAUUUUGCAGACAAAUUGAACAUCGGCUUCUUGACUGGAGACAUCCACCCACUCACAUUCAGUAUCAUCCAGAGAGAAAUCGAAAUCACACAAGAUGUCGAUCUCCUGAAUGAGAAUCUCAGGAAGUCCCUAUUCAAUAUUGGUAAACAAUACAAAUUGCCACUCAAUGGUAUCAAACACCCCGACAAUGAGAACCCUAGGAAUUUAUUUGAGAGACAAUUAAUCAUUGAAUAAGUGUCCAAUGAAUUGGCACUUGACAGAUUCUAGUAGGUUUUCGAUGACUUACAGAAGAUGUCCAAGGCACAACAUUUGUUUGCUGCCCAGAAAUACAUUGUGGAAUGGUUCCCUAAGUUGUGCGCCUUGGUCUAGUAGGAGUAGAUCCAAUGUUUUAGUGACCCCAAUAAGGAACAGCAAGGGUACCAUUAGUACAUCACAGCAAUCCAGAGUGAAAAGUUGGCAAUCAUAGCUUUGUCUGAGUUGAUGAAGGAGUUCAUUGAAGCAGCUGUGUUAUUCCAUGAGGAGAAGACCACUUUGAAUUGUUAUUAAAUAAGAGUCACUCGUUUGGCGAAUAGAAUCGGGGAGUAAAUAAUGAAGCAGCAUUUGUAUGAAGAGGAGUAGAAGAAUCUAAGAAGGAAAAGCAAGGAAGACAUUUAGAAGAUGAUAGAAGAAGGAACCGUACCUUAAGAUUAGUCGGAGGAGGAAAUCUAAAAUUAGAAGGAACUUUUCUAUAAGCAGGCAGUGGUCAAGGCUGGAAAGUUGUUGAAGACUCAAUAGGAGAAAUUAAGAGAGAGAAUUAGGAAUAACAGAGUAUAUUUGGCUAAGUACGGUUAGGCCAUGCCAAAGGAUAUUGCUGCUUAAAUUGGUAUGGUAUUGGUGCAUUUCUUGGUUGAUUCUAUUAAAUUCAGAAAUGAGAACAAUUUUUGGGUACCUGUGUUGGUCUAAGGUUACAAGAAAGUUAAGUAAGAUAUUGAAGUUGCAAUUUUCAAUGUGAAUCAAUUGUUCUUGCACCAUCUAUCAGCUGGAAUGCAUAAGGACAAUUCAUACUUUAUGCAUCUCGAUAGGGCAUUGCCUAUGAUAUAUCCUCCAGCUAAGUGGAUGGACACUCAAAUAGGUGGUUAUUACUUGAAGCCUACAAAUUUGAUUAGAAUUUAAGAUUAAUCAUUGUAGGAAGAAGCAGCAAAGAGAGCCAAUCUCUAAAAUCUAUAUGAUAUCUUAGACAACAUCAGCAAGGUGGCUUGGAGAGUAAACAACAAGGUUUUGAAUAUUGCCAUGUAAGUGUGGGAGUAAGGUGGAGGAAUUGCUGAAGUUCCAAAAAGACAGCAUGAUAAGACCUAUGUUUUCGAACAUCAAAUCAAAGAGUGUAAGUCGUAUGAAGAGAAAUAUCAAUUGUUGAAAAUGAUACAAUCACAGAGAGAUCUUUACUCAUUGCAAUGUGAUUUUACAUUGAAAUUGGGAGUGGCAUUGGCUUUCAAUGGAUGUUAAAAGAUUUACUUCCCACACAAUAUGGAUUUCAGAGGGAGAUUGUAUCCUAUACCUCCUCAUCUUAAUCACAUGGGUCCAGAUAUUGCAAGAGGGUUAUUGGAAUUCUCAGAAGGGAAGAAACUGGGGAAGAGUGGGUUGAGAUGGUUGAAGAUUCACUUGGCAAAUAAGAUGGGUAAGGACAAGUUAUCUAUGGAGGACAGAGAAGCUUAUGUGGAUCAGAAUGUAGAUUCAAUUAUUAAAUGUGCUGAGGAUCCCAUAAAAUAUUAGGAUUGGGCAUAAUUGGAAGAUGCUUGGCAGAGUUUGGCUGCAAUGUUUGAUUAUGUGGCAGCCAUCAAGUCACCAAAUCCAGAGGAGUAUGAGUCUCAUUUGCAUGUUCAUUAGGAUGGUUCGUGCAAUGGUCUACAACAUUAUGCUGCUUUGGGUAGAGAUGUUGAGGGUGCUACCUAAGUGAAUCUAGCCAACACUUCUAAGCCUGGAGACGUUUACACACAUGUGGCUGGUAUGGUGGAGAGGAGAGUAGAAUUUGAUGCCAAGGAUUCCUUAAGCAAGGAUCACAUAAUUGCUUUAAAAUUGUAGAAUCAAAUCAAAAGAAAAAUAGUUAAAUAGACUGUUAUGACAUCUGUGUAUGGAGUCACCUUCAUAGGAGCCAGAGAAUAAAUUCAUAGAUAAUUGAAGGAUAAAGGAAUCAUUGGGGAGGACGAACAUUUGCAAUACUAAGCUUCCAUUUAUUUGGCUCGAAUCACAUUGGAUGCUAUUAAAGAUCUUUUUGAAGGAGCUCACAAAAUUAAACAAUGGCUUAUUAAAUGUGCUACCAUCAUAUCAAAUGAAAACUAGCCAGUGAGUUGGAUUACUCCACUUGGCUUGCCUGUCAUCCAGCCUUAUCGUUCCUUAAACAAAUACGACGAAGUGAAGACACUGAUAAGUAAUGUGUCCAUCGAAUCAGAUGCUGCUUAUUUACCAAUUAACAAGGUUAAACAGAGAUCCGCUUUCCCACCAAACUUCAUUCACUCUUUGGAUUCAACACAUCUUAUGUAUUCAUCUAUUGAGUGUCUCAAAUAAGGGAUAACAUUCGCUGCAGUCCAUGAUAGUUAUUGGACUCAUGCUUGUAAUGUGGACAAAUUAAAUGAAUUGUUGAGAGAACAAUUCGUAAGAUUGCAUUCUCAACCACUUUUGGAGGAUUUGAGGGAUUCAUUUUAGAGAAGAUUUCCUCAUUUAGAAUUCCCUCCAAUUCCAGAGAGAGGACAGUUUGAUUUAGAGAAGGUCAAAUAAAGUGUGUAUUUUUUUGCUUGAUAUUUUAUAUAUAUAUAUUGAUGUGUGUGA